CUGAUGUGCGGUCUUUUUCUUCAUACCUGCAAUGGAUGUUACGCCUGGAUUUGCAUUCUUUAUUAUUUUACUGCAUUUAAUUCCUGUGAAUGGGCUUUAUAUCUCCAAUGGCAUAGAGUCUCUGCAGCAUGUCCUGAGGGAGUAUGGCGUUGUUAAGCCUGUGAACACUGAUUCAGUGGGCCGGUUCCUCUCAGGCGCUGUCUCUGCACCUCAACUGGACAGCCAGCACCAGCAGGCCCACAGACGCUGGAAAAGAGAGGCUGUAGCCGCCUCAGACCCCAGCCAUGGAGACCUGGAGGAAGGAGAGGGUACAGCCAGGCACAGGGAGACACUCUUCUACAAUGUCACUGUGUUCGGCCAGGAGCUCCACCUGCGCCUGCACCUCAACUCCAGGCUGGUAGUCCCCGGAGCUAAGGUGGAGUGGCACGAGGAGGGCAGCGAGACCACCUAUGAGCCUCUACGGGACAGCGACUGCUUUUAUGUAGGAGAGGUCACCAACGUCAGGGACACAUCCGUCGCUAUCAGCAACUGUGAUGGCCUGGCAGGAAUGAUCCGUACGGGGAAGGAGCAGUUCUUCAUCGAGCCCCUGGUGCGUGGAGGGGGCCUGAUGGUAGAGGAGGAGGAGAGAGGAGACGGACGACAUCACAUUGUUUAUCGCUCCUCUGCCAUUAAGAGGCCCACUGUCAAUCAAACAGCAGACUCUCACCCCCGAGGGUCAGUCAUAGGCGAUCUGAUGGACCUGCAGGCCCUGUCCAGAGGAGUGCAGCAGCAGCACAACCGGAUCUGGAACAGGACCAGGCAGGCUCGAGCCCGUCGCCAGGCCAACGAGGAACACCAGCUGUUCAACAUCGAGGUCCUACUCGGGGUGGACUCCUCUGUGGUCCACUUCCAUGGCAGAGAGCACAUCCAGAAGUACCUCCUCACCCUCAUGAACAUAGUGAAUGAGAUUUACCAGGAUCGUACCCUGGGUGCUCACAUCAACGUGGUUCUGGUCCGUAUCAUCAUGCUGUGUCCUGCCAAGUCUAUGAGUCUGAUAGAGCUGGGCAACCCGUCUCAGAGUUUAGAGAACAUAUGUCGCUGGGCCUUCCUGCAGCAGAAGGAAGACAGGAGUGAUCCAGAGUAUCAUGACCAUGCCAUCUUCCUCACCCGACAGGAGUUUGGUCCCUCCGGCAUGCAAGGUUACGCUCCUGUAACGGGUAUGUGCCACCCAGUGCGGAGCUGCACUCUCAACCACGAGGAUGGCUUCUCCUCUGCAUUCGUCGUGGCACAUGAGACUGGACAUGUGCUGGGUAUGGAGCAUGAUGGCCCCCCUGGUAAUGAAUGUGGCGACGAGGUGCCCAUGGGCAGCAUCAUGGCCCCUCUGGUGCAGGCUGCCUUCCAUCGCUUCCACUGGUCCCGAUGCAGCCAGGCGGAGCUCAGCAAGUACCUGAACUCCUAUGACUGUCUCCGUGACGACCCCUUUGACCAUGACUGGCCGGCGUUGCCACAGUUACCAGGGAUCCACUACUCCAUGGACGAGCAGUGUCGAUUUGACUUUGGCGCCGGCUACAUCAUGUGCACAGCAUACAGCACCUAUGACCCCUGCAAGCAGCUCUGGUGCAGUCACCCAGACAACCCAUUCUUCUGCAAAACCAAGAAGGGUCCGCCCAUCGACGGCACUAAGUGUUCACCGGGGAUGCACUGCUUCAAAGGUUACUGCAUCAAGUUGACUCCAGACAUUCUAAGGCAGGAUGGUGGUUGGGGCACGUGGAGUAGCUUUGGCUCCUGCUCUCGCACCUGUGGGGGUGGUGUGCGCUUCCGGACCCGUCAGUGUGACAACCCAACCCCUGCCAAUGGAGGACGCACCUGCUAUGGCAACAGCUAUGAAUUCCAGCUGUGCAACCUAGAGGAGUGCUCCGAGCCUUUCGCUGACUUCAGGGAGGAGCAGUGCAAGAUGUGGGACCCCUACUUUGAGUAUGACAACACCAAGCACCACUGGCUGCCCUAUGAGCAUCCUGACCCUGAUGAGAGAUGCCAACUCUACUGCAAGUCUAAGGAGACAGGAGACGUGGUGGCCAUGAACAGGAUGGUGCACGAUGGCACACGCUGCUCCUACAAAGACCCUUACAGUAUAUGUGUGCGGGGGGACUGUGAGCACGUUGGCUGUGAUAACCAGAUAGCCUCCGACACGCAGGAGGACAAAUGUGGGAUAUGCGGUGGAGACAACUCCAGCUGUAAGAUCAUCAAGGGCAACUUCACUAGAAGCGUUAAAAAACAAGGUUUCCUCAAGAUACUUGAAAUCCCCCGAGGGGCCAGGCAUCUGUUGAUCCAGGAGUUCAAGGGGACCCCUCACAUCCUAGCGGUGAAGAACCAGGCCACAGGUCAUCUGUUUCUGAAUAACGAGGAUGAGUUCCCGGAGUCCCGUAUGGUGAUAGAGAAGGGGGUGGAGUGGGAGUACCACAACGAUGACGACACGGAGACCGUCCAGACCACAGGACCUCUGGGAUAUGCUGUUCUGGUCAUGAUCCGUUCCCACGGUGACUCCAAAGUGACCCUCUCCUACAAAUACAUUCUGCACGAGAAGCUGCAGUCAUCCAUAGAGAGCAACCUGGUGCAGGAGGACACAGCCUACUUUGAAUGGGCUCUGAAAAAGUGGUCUCAGUGCUCUAAACCCUGUGGAGGAGGUAAGCAGUACACACGGUUUGGCUGCAGGAGAAAGUCCGAUGGGAAGAUGGUCCACCGCACUUACUGUGUGAACAUCGACAAUCUCAGAGCUAUCAGCAGGGAUUGUAACCAGAAAGAGUGCUCCCAGCCAGUUUGGAUCACUGGGGACUGGGAGGAGUGCAGUUCAUCCUGUGGGAAGACUGGCUACCAGAGCCGCUCUGUACGCUGUCAGCAGCCCCUCUCUGGAGGUGGCCAACGUUCCAUCCACAGCAAGUACUGUAAUGAUGACAGGCCAGAGGGACGACGACCCUGCAACCGCCAGCUCUGCCCUGCCCAGUGGAGAGUUGGACCCUGGUCCCAGUGUUCGGUGACGUGCAGCAAUGGGAGCCAGGAGCGCCAGGUUCUGUGUAGCACUCCUGAUAACUCAGUUGGACUCUGCAUGGAGACCAAACCCAUUACACUCAGGACCUGCCAGCUCGUCCCCUGCACAGGUGACGGAAACAAAGUUUUGAUCCAGUGGCUGUCACGGUCCAACCCAGAGUUUCCUGUACCCAAGAUCUCCUCAAGGCAGUGUAAGGGGGAUAGGUCAGCGUUCUGUCGUAUGGAGGUGCUGAGCAGGUACUGCACCAACACGGGGUACAGACAGAUGUGCUGCAAGUCCUGCACCGAGGGGAACUUCACCACUAUGGGCCAGAACCUCACCACUGGGCCCUGGAGGUACACCACACUACCCACCCCCACCAAUGGCACCUAUUCAACAACCCCGACAACAACCCAAAGACCCAAACCCACCGCUGGGAUAUAUAGCACUGACUUUGCUUAUGUCGAGCAUGAUGAUUAUGGGGAGUAUACAACCAAAACCGACGAACGCAGCACAACUAAAACAUAUAGGCCUACCACCACCCCUGGAUUAACCACGAGACAGCCCAGAAGAAUAACCACCUCCCUGGUUACUGCCAGAAGUACUAAACCUCCAACCACCACCACUGAGGAGACUACGGUUCCCAGAACCUCCGUCAUCACCGUCACUACCGCUGAACCCACCGCCAUCCCCACCAGUCAGGACCCAUCAACUCUCAGAACUACAAAUGUCCCCAAGUCCACCACAGCUUGGGUUGAUGUUAUUGAGAGGGAGUCCUGGACAACCCUGUUUCCAUCCACUUCCAGACCUAAAGGAGACAACAGACGGAAAACCAUUCCAACACAGCGUAGGGUCAUUGUGACACUCAUGCCCUCCACCAUAGCCCCCCACCAGACAGAGGAAAAGCGAGAAAACAACUCGGUGGACGUGCCAUAUAGGAUCGUUGGUGUAGACAAUGAGGUCUUUCAAAACCACUUUGUUCCUAGAAUACGGCCUCCAUUCCGAGAAACGACACGAAACAAGAGGAUACAAGAACUCCUAGCCGAGAAACAGAUGCAAGACUUACUUCUCAGACGAGCAAAAAGAAAACCAGGACCUUGAUAGUGAGUCAUUCAAGACAUCUUUGUUAGUGCUCUAUAUGGAAAUAUUUCUAUUGAACACCUGCAUAACCAUUUUGCUUUAUUGAAACCAGAGUGAAACCAGUUCAGAGACUUUCAGUCAUGUAGAAAUUAAAACUUGCUUGAAGAUUGGAAUUUGGCCUGCUUUGCUUUUUGUAUCCAAUGAGGAACGGGAACAGCAAUGGACAAAACAGACAAAAUACGGAGAAAUGAACUCUACAAUUACUAUUCUGUAAAUACAUUCUCUUGAGCGAUAAUUGCACAUUUGUACUUGCUGCUUGGCAAUGAAGAGAUUUAAUUGUCUUUUAUGCUUUGAUGUUAUUACAUAUCGUACUUUUUUAAAUAUUGUGAACAGUUUACAAUUUGGACCUUUGUAGCUCAGUUAGUAGAGCAUGGUGCUUGCAACAUCAGGAUAGUCGGUUUGAUUCCCAGGACCACCCGUAUACAGUAUAUAUAGGGGAGAGUAGAGUAUGUUGAAGCAUUUUUUACAUGCAGUAUCAAGGGAAAUAUACUGUAGUAUUCUUUCUACAAUGAUAUCUACAGAGUUGGGGUGGCAGGGUAGCCUAGUGGUUAGAGAGUUGGACUAGUAACCAGAAGGUUGCAAGUUCAAACCCCUGAGCUGACAAGGUACAAAUCUGUCCUUCUGCCCCUGAACAGGCAGUUAACCCACUGUUCCUAGGCUGUCAUUGAAAAUAAGAAUUUGUUCUUAACUGACUUGCCCAGUUAAAUAAAGGUAGAAUUUAUUUGUUGUUGUUUAUCCCUGGACAUAAUCAGAAUUAAUGUAAACAUAAUGGUUUUGAAAACAUAACAUUAGUGGUACUGUAUCUUGGCACAACUUACGCCAGGAAUGGGAUAAGUUGAGCAUAGAGACAGGGUAAAUUGAGCAUAGGGACAGGGUAAGUAGAGCAUAGGGACAGGGUAAGUUGAGCAUAGGGACAGGGUAAGUAGAGCAUAGGGACAGGGUAAGUAGAGCAUAGGGACAGGGUAAGUUGAGCAUAGGGACAGGGUAAGUAGAGCAUAGGGACAGGGUAAGUAGAGCAUAGGGACAGGGUAAGUAGAGCAUAGGGACAGGGUAAAUUGAGCAUAGGGACAGGGUAAGUUGAGCAUAGGGACAGGGUAAGUAGAGCAUAGGGACAGGGUAAGUUGAGCAUAG